CUUGUGACGAAGAGGAAACACUUUGCAUACUUAUUGCACUGUUGUGUUAAAUUUGUAAAGUUUUAAAAUGACAGAGUAACCAAAAGUGUAAGAAAAACGUAACAUUUGUUAAGUUAAACGUAAAAGGUGGAAUAUUAAGAAAAGUUCAAAAGAUGGAGUGUUUAAUUCAAUUACUCUGUGUUCUGGCACUUCAAGUUUCGUCUAUGCUCUCUGCCUCCACUUCAGCUAUACAGCCACUAGACAAACGGACAAGCAUAUCAGAUUCUUCGUCAUCAUUCACAUCAUCGCCAACGACACAAUCACCGUCAGCUUCUACCACAGUAACUUCAAUUUUGCCGUUGGGGCAAACAAAUACGGUAGAUACAACUUCUGCAUUAUCUACUGAAGCUCAGACGUCUACUAUCAGUUUAACUUCAGCAUUGUUGCCGACUUUAACAACUCCAAUUCUGUCAUCAUCAACAUUGGCAACUACAUCAGAGUCUGAUAGUAAAACGGAGUCUAAAACUGUUUCCGCAGGAACUACGCCUAUUUCAACAACGCCAGGGGCAUUUGACACGAGUGUUGCUGUUGGUAACUUGCUGCAAGACUCUGGGACAAAUAACGUAAGUGACAGUUUAAACGUUACGGACGCUACAACGCAAAACUCUACAAAUACUACAAAAAGCUCCUUUGAACAAACAACAAGCGAAGAGAAUUUUGAAUCAACACCUUUUCCAGUUACUCACAACAACAUAACUAAUGCCUCAGACAUAACAGUUUCCUUGUCAUCUUCAUCUCCAACCACAACAACAGAAAAAGCAUCUACACAUGCGUUAACUUCUUCCGUUACUACAAGUGUAAAGUCCUCAACUUUUGACAAUCCUACAACCAAAACCGGAAGUACAGACAACGCAGAACCUACCUCCACAAGGAAGAUUCCAACAAGUACACAUUCUUCAAAUGGAGACAAAUCUAAACAAUCCCCAACAUCCUGCGAAGAAAAAGACUCCUCGUUUGGAGAGUAUGGUUUGCCUCUAGUCGCAGUCGCUCUUGCAAUAUGUGUUGUAGAGUUCAUAAUUAUUCUCGUCAUGAUGGCGAGAGCAUCGAAGCAAAAAAGAAAAAGACGCAUGUCGGAUGAAGAAAAAGCUAUACCAAAACUGAAAAUGUUAGAGAUAAAAGACGAUACAACAAAACGUUCAACCAACGACGAUCUGCACGUGUAUUCCCUGGAUUACGAAAAACACGUGCAAGAAAAGAUUGAAGAACACAAAAAGAAAACUAAACCACCUGUGGCAGAGAAGCCAAUCGGCGGUGUUAGUUCAUUCAUGUUAAAUAAGCAGGAGAGUUUGAGAUCUAAUUUGUCAAACGCUAGCUCGCCUGACUCGCCCCUAUCGCCGGCGGAAAACAAGCCAUUGAUCAAAUAUCAUCGAGGAGAUGAUGGGGAUGAGCCAGUUGUUUUUAAUUUUUCAAAGCGACCAAGUGAGAUACUUACCAAGCGGAGAGAGAGCGGAGCAGACGAAGCCGGUCGGAGAAAAAGUAACGCAUCCGCCGGGAAAUUCAAAGCUGUUCCGAAAGAUAAAUAUGAUACCGAUAUCUGAAAUGACAAUAGAAAAUCGGAAAAGACAUGUCUAAACAUUCUGGGCUAUUCAAAUUUUGAAAGAUACCAUAAUAUAAUGUGAAAUUUAACUGCAUAUACAAAACUAUACCAGAUGGAACUUGUACUAAGAGUUAACACAAUCUUCUCUACAUUUCUAAGUGCCAUGAGCGUAUUGAUGUAAUUGGCUGAUGCUUAGGAGGGUUAAUUAAAUAGGUAAAAAAUGGCGUAUCGUACGUUAUUCUCGUAUCUGAUACACCAUGACCUGGUGCAUAAGGCAUCUGUUUCUGGACUGGAAGGUCGAGGAUUCGAGCCCAUCUUGGAUCUGUUCCGUUGUGGCCGGUUGGCUAGCCACCAGCUGGUUUAAUAAUGGUCACCGAUAGUCUUCGUUUCUGGUGUCUGAAGUUAGAUAUGUACAAGGCAAGGGUGUUUCACAAGUCAAAAUGGCUGGUCCUUUCAAAAGGGGAAACACCAAAAUAAACAAACACUUGACCUUUAUUUGUAAAGACGUCUGCACUAGUAUAUGAAAUACUGUUUAUAUGUAACAUAUAUGUGAUACUAGUAUUAAGGUACCAUGACUAUUUAAAACAUGUAUAAUGUGUAAUAUUUAAAGCACUUGUGAAGUGCUUGUUAUUCCAAGGUGUGUUCCUUACUCAAUAAUUAAAUAGGCCUAUAUGUGUGUCGCUUUGUAUUCUGUGAUGUGUCCCAUACAAAGCAACAACUAGGUAAAUGUGAAGUGUUUCUUAUUACAGUAUGUGUUCGUUAUUAUGUAAUUAAGUAUUGUGUGAAGUGCUUUGUACUCUAAGAUGUGUUCGAAUCUAAACAACUAAGUAUAUAUGAAGUGUUUGUAUUCCAAGAUUUGUUCCAAACUAUGCAACUAUGUGUAUGUGAAGUGUUUGUAUUCCAAGAUUUGUUCCAUACUAUGCAACUAUGUGUAUGUUAAGUGUUUUUAUUCCAAAAUUUGUUCCAUACUAUGCAACUAUGUGUAUAUGAAGUGUUUGUAUUCCAAGAUGUGGUCCAUACUAUGCAACUAUGUGUAUGUGAAGUGUUUUUAUUCCAAGAUGUGGUCCAUACUAAGUAUAUGUGAAGUGUUUGUAUUCCAAGAUGUGGUCCAUACUAUGCAACUAUGUGUAUGUGAAGUGUUUGUAUUCCAAGAUGUGGUCCAUACUAAGUAUAUGUGAAGUGUUUGUAUUCCAAGAUGUGGUCCAUACUAAGUAUAUGUGAAGUGUUUGUAUUCCAAGAUGUGGUCCAUACUAUGCAACUAUGUGUAUGUGAAGUGUUUGUAUUCCAAGAUGUGGUCCAUACUAAGUAUAUGUGAAGUGUUUGUAUUCCAAGAUGUGGUCCAUACUAAGUAUAUGUGAAGUGUUUGUAUUCCAAGAUGUGGUCCAUACUAAGUACAUGUGAAGUGUUUUGUAUUCCAAGAUUUGUCCCAAUACUAAGCAACUAUUACUAAGUAAUUUAGUAUGUGUGAAGUGCUCCAAUAUGUGUUCCAUACUAAGCAGCUGAGUUUGUAUUCCGAGCUGUGCUCCAUAUUAAACAACUAAGUGUGUGAGAAGUGUUUUUAUUCCAAGUUGUGUUCUAUACUAAGCAAUCAGGGGCGUAGCUGGCGUUUUAUAGGUUGCCUCCCGAAGAAAUUGUUUGAAAAAUUAUGAGUGUGGAGCAUUCUGAGACAUUCUGGUGGAUUAAAACCGAUGCUUAGUUCAGAUUUAGUAAUAUUCUGUUAUAUUUCUUUGACAUUUGGUGGGUAUUAUUAUGUACAUAAAUUAACUAAAUAUG